AUGGAUUCAGUCAAAACCGUUUUUGUAACAGAAGAUGCAUUUCUUACCACUCAGUACGGUUUUGAUUUCGACAAUAUAACAUACCUCACUCAAGAUUUCUACUUAACAUCGCCAUCAUUGACUACAACAGACAAACCCAUUGAAGAUGAAUACGGAGGUCCAACUAGACUUGAUGUGAUUCUUGGUGUCGCAAUGGUGUUCUUGAUCAUUCCUACUGUCACUGGGAAUGCCCUCAUACUCAUAGCAUUUUGGAAGACACGUCGUCUUCGCACGUACUUCAAUUAUUUCAUUUGUAGCAUGGCGUUUUCUGAUCUUACCAUUGGCGCCAUCAACAUGCCCAUAUACUCUAUUGAGUUUUUCCGUGGUCGGUGGCCGUUUGGUCCCAUGGCGUGUCUUAUUUUCUCCAUCAUCGAUCAUGUUUUUGUCCACGUUUCCGUGCUAUCAGUGGUGGUCAUUGCCAUCGAUCGUUACAAAUCUUUAGCUGAUCCCUUAACACAUCUCAGGAGAAAGUCUCCUUGUCGUGCUAUUUUAGUGAUACUCACAACUUAUCUGAUUCCAAUCAUCUUGUGGACUUGGUUUGUUCUCUUUCGAAAGCAAGGCAGAAACGAAAACUGUUACACAGGAAAACGCGGAGAAUUUCCGUUUAAUUUCGUCACACCCUUUUUUCUCUACCUGAUUCCUCUUGUAAUUUUAGCCUCCUAUUGCAUCGCCAUCUAUAAAAUUAUAAGGAGUCGAAAUUGUAACCGGAUGUCGGAUAAAAUGAGAAGUAGUCGGCUUUCACUCACAGAUUUGAGUCGACCUCGGGAAAACGAGACCAAACUUAGCAUUCUGUCUUCUAUGGAUAUUAGCGGUUCUAUUAAAAGAGGGACUCUGAAUCCAGUUUGCUCAACAGAAGAUAUUGAUCCAAUUCAGAUUGAGAGCUAUCCAGGAUGCAAGCCGGAUCUCAACAAUGCACCUGAAAUCGGACAGUCGAAUAUUGAAUCAACUGAAAAUGUGGACUCUCCAAAUCGAAAGGAUCUUAGCGUUUGCUCAUUUGGCAGUGAAAAUGAAACCGUUUUUACAAGAGAAUCACUCGCAACAUCCGAUGAAUUCAUUGAACAAGGACAUUUGUCACACGGGCGGAAUGAUAAAGAAGAUGCAGAUUACGAUGUCGAUACGCCCACUACACAAUCGCAAACUUAUUCGGCCUCAAAACACAGAGUUUACACUGCUCACAACAAAAUGCAGUUAAAAGAGCCAGCUAGUGAAGGGAGAGUUGCAUCAACAGAAGGCCUCUCGAUGUCAAAGCCGUCUGAAGAAAACCGAAAAGCCGUUCGUACUUUAUCAUUCAUCGUGCUAGCUCUGGUUGUAUCAUGGUCACCAUGGGUAAUCUUUGUAUUCAUAGAAAAUAUCUGCGGAAAUAAUUGCAACGUGGAAAGUGUGUACCACGUGAGUAUAUAA